GUCGCAUUGACUUGUCAACUUAGACAAUGGCGAUGAGACGCAUUCAUGGGCCGUAGUAUGAAUAAGGCGUGUCCUAUGUGGUUAUGGGGGCGUGAAAUGUCCUGUAGAAGUGGCCUGACAUCGCAGUUACAUUCAGUCCGUCUGCUAAAGCAUUAACGGUCCUCCACCCCUCUGAAAAUGGCCAUGUCUAUUCUCGACACCAUGCCCGGAGCCUCCACGGGAACCGUUGUAGUCACCGAUCAUCUGAAUUUCUGGGAUGGGAAGCGUGUCAAACCCAGGCAGGACAAAAACGCAGAACCCGUGUUUGAACCAGCGACUGGCCGUGUCUUGUGUCAGAUGGUCCCCUGUGGGUCUGAGGAGGUGGAUGAGGCCAUGAAGAGCGCGCACAGUGCCUACCUGAAAUGGAGCAAGAUGGCAGGCAUGGAGAGGGCUCGGGUGAUGCUGGAGGCGGCGCGCAUUAUCAGGGAAAGAAGGGAGAAUAUUGCAAAGCUGGAAGUGAUCAACAAUGGCAAGUCCAUCACUGAAGCACUGGUGGAUAUUGAUGUUGCCUGGCAGUGCAUUGAGUACUAUGCUGGCCUGGCUGGUACACUUUCAGGUCAGCACAUCCAGCUUCCCGGUGGAGCAUUUGCUUACACCAGGAGGGAGCCCCUUGGAGUUUGUGCUGGAAUUGGUGCGUGGAAUUACCCCUUCCAGAUUGCGUCAUGGAAGUCUGCUCCUGCGCUGGCGUGUGGUAAUGCCAUGGUGUUUAAGCCCUCUCCAAUGACUCCUGUGACUGCUGUUAUACUGGCUGAGAUUUACAAGGAGGCCGGUGUGCCCGAUGGCCUCUUCUGUGUGGUACAAGGUGGAGCAGAGACCGGCACUUUGCUCUGCCAUCACCCAAUGGUUGCCAAAGUCUCUUUCACCGGCAGCGUGCCAACAGGAAAAAAGGUCAUGGAAAUGUCUGCAAAGGGGGUGAAGCAGGUAACUCUGGAGCUUGGAGGAAAAUCUCCGCUCCUUAUCUUCAAAGACUGUGAGCUGGAGAAUGCAAUUAAGGGAGCACUCAUGGCAAACUUCCUGACACAGGGGCAGGUUUGCUGCAAUGGGACCAGGGUGUUUGUACAAAGAGAGAUCUUGCCUCAGUUCCUGGAAGAGGUGGUGAAGAGGACAAAGGCCAUUCCUGUGGGCGACCCUCUGCUCGAGGGCACCAGAAUGGGAGCACUGAUCAGCAAACCACAGCUGGAGAAAGUACUGGGAUAUGUCAGUCAGGCCAAGAAAGAGGGAGCCAGGGUGCUCUGUGGAGGAGAGCCUUUGGUCCCCAGUGACCCCAAACUGAAAGGGGGCUAUUUCAUGUCACCCUGUGUUCUUGAUAACUGCAGAGAUGACAUGACCUGUGUGAAGGAGGAGAUUUUUGGCCCAGUUAUGUCUGUGCUGCCUUUCGACACAGAGGAAGAAGUGAUCCGGAGGGCAAACAACACCACCUUUGGACUGGCCUCUGGAGUCUUCACCAGGGAUAUUUCUCGAGCCCAUCGUGUGGCUGCGAACCUCGAGGCAGGGACCUGCUUCAUCAACAACUACAACAUCAGCCCUGUUGAAGUGCCAUUUGGAGGAUACAAGAAUUCAGGCUUUGGCAGAGAGAACGGCCAGGUGACAAUCGAGUACUAUUCCCAGCUGAAGACUGUGGUGGUGGAAAUGGGCGACGUUGAGAGCCUCUUCUAAACUCCUCUCACCAAAUUUACACCGCUGUGCCCGCACUGGGAAUUAAAACACUUCACGUGUACCAGCCGUGCAUGUUUGGCACGCCCUCCUUUGCACAGUGUCCGCACUGUAUCUGUGUACUUGGAGAAGUCUGUUUCUUACCUGUUUUCUACUUAUUUUUCCAGAAGGUGAACCUGCUUAGGUAAUGAGCAAAUAUGCCCUGAUGCUGGUGUUUGUGUGGAAGUAGAACCAAGAGCCUUAAUUAGAGAUUUAGUGUGUAAUGAAAGAUAUUAGAAGAAAAUAACUAAUAAACAGCUUGUGUCAGAUUUCUACACUAAAUGCUGAACAUAUUUUCUUGAGAUAAAAGGCUUUAGAUAA